CGGAGUAACUUUAUUUUGUUUUUUAAGCCGAGGUUAGGCAUAUGGGAAAAAAUCGCAAAAGAUACUCCCGGAAGUACUACAAAAGUGCUGAACUUCCUCCCUGUGAUUAUCUAGAGAGUGAUUCUGAACUGCAAGCUGAAGAAGUUAUCAAAAAAAUUUAUUCUACAAAAUUCAAUUUAAAGUCCUCGGCUUACAUUUCGGAGACUUUUACUGCAUUCAAAAAAGUUCAGGAACUACAUCCGCAUCUACAGAAAAUUGACACCAUUGUUUGCUUUGGUCUUGGACAUUUUGGCUGGUGUGCAACGUCCCGGAAUCAGUUGGGAUUUAUUUCAUUGAUAAAGGAAUACUUAGAGAUCCAGGAAGUACUCUUUCAAGAUCCUGUCUUCACACCCAAAGAAGCUGAAAUUCUCAAAAAUCUAGGAUUUUCUGUGAUUCCUGGGAAUUUGGAAGGGAAGUUUGGGAUUGAUCAGGAAAAAAAAUACCUCAUAUACCUCCCACACUGUCCGAAACAGCUGACAAAUAAUUUUCUGUGGAAGAAUUGGGGCACUAAACUCUCCAAUAUUCUGCUAUUGUCCAAUAGCUUUAGUAGUGUUCUUAUCUCUGGGUCAAAAAGUAAUCUCCAGAUCGAUGCUGGAUUGAUCCUAAAGGCUGAAGAAUUCACCGAAGAGAUUCCCCUGGAAAAUAAUUUUAUCUACACGGACGUUUUUAACGAUACAUCCAUUCACGUCUUCCCGCGAGAUAAAUUAGAAGUUGUUCCGGAGGUUUUGUGGAGUGAAAGAGGCCCCGAACCAGAGUACAACGAUCCAGAAUUUAUAACUUGUGCCCUACAGUGCAUAAAACUUGAAGAUGACGGCUCCCGUAAAGACACUGCGAUCUCUUCUCAAUGAACUUCGUCUUGCAAGUCCCAGUGGUAGUAUCAAAGACUCCCUGGCGGCAAAGUAUAUUGUGGCUCAAUUCCAGAAGUACCGUACAACGGAUCAAACGCUGUGCAAAGCCAAGGAGGAGAUGCACUUCCUAGGACAGACCUAUUUGUGCUACUUACAGAGUCAACGCAACUACCAGCGUAUCCGGAAGGAGUAUUCAGGACGUGGAGAACGAACUGUUGAAGACACAGCAAAAAUGGUGGGCUUUAAGUUGCCACAUGACCCAAAAUAAAUUUAUAAUACGUUGUAUUCUUUUAGAGAAAAAAUACAGUCAAAUUAGAAAAUAA